GGGGAGUGAGAACGGUAACACCGGACAGGGCAUGACAGCUGAGGAGACUAGUGCACAGACUCAUCUCCGGGGACGGGAUUCAUGUCAUGGAGGAAUUUGUCAAAACUCAGCUUGAACUUUUGCAAGAGGAAAGAGAGGCCGAAAUAGAAGAGGCCAGAGCCUGGCAGGAGAAUGUGUCCUUAAAGGAAUUACAGCGGAAAGGAGUCUGCCUACUGAAGCUGCAGGUAGCAAACCAGAGAACGGGGCUGUAUGGACGCCUGCUCGUGACCUUCACACCACGGAAGUACGACGCCGAGGCGGUGCUGCCUACUAACCGCUUUGGCUCAGGUGACAUUGUAGGACUCUACGACUCCAGUGCGCCAAAGGAAGCCAUCUCCACGGGGAUCGUGUCCGGCCUUACACAGAAGACCAUCACUGUGGCCUUUGAUGAAGUUCAGGGGGAUUCGUUAAAUCUGGGCAGCGAAGCCGCCUACAGGCUUCUGAAAUUAGCCAAUGAUGUCACCUAUAAAAGAAUCAAACAAGCUCUGACUGCUCUGGGUCAGUACCGCUGUGGACCAGCAAGUGACUUAAUAGAUGUCCUCUUCAGUUUAUCCCAACCUAAUAGCAUUAGCCUAUCAAGACCUCUGGAAUUUCUCAAUCCGGCCUUGGACAAUUCACAGAAGGAGGCUGUCGUUUUCUCCCUGACCCAGAGAGAAGUUGCUGUUAUUCACGGGCCCCCUGGCACUGGCAAGACAACAACCGUGGUGGAAAUUAUCUUACAAGCUGUGAAGCAGGGGCUGAAGGUCCUGUGCUGUGCACCAUCUAAUGUCGCUGUGGACAACCUGGUGGAGCAGUUGGCUCGGUACAAAGAGAAGAUAUUACGUCUCGGUCACCCAUCAAGACUUCUGGAAUCCUUACAGCACCAUUCUCUGGAUGCGGUUUUGGCGCGGAGUGAUAACGCACAGCUAGUGGCUGACAUCCGCAAAGAUAUUGACCUGGCCUUUGCAAAAAUGAGAAAACUGCAGAACAGAGAUGAAAAGAGCGGCUUCAAAACGGAAAUCCGAGCGCUGCGAAAAGAGCUGAAGAAAAGGGAAGAGGCUGCCAUGAUGGAGACGUUGAAAUCUGCCAAUGUCAUCCUUGCCACCAAUACAGGUGCUACCCCGGAUGGUCCUCUGAAGCUGCUUCCUGAGAAUUACUUUGACCUGGUCAUGAUUGAUGAGUGCGCUCAGGCGUUAGAAGCGAGCUGCUGGAUCGCGCUGCUGCAGGCGAAAAAGUGUAUCCUGGCCGGUGAUCACAAGCAGCUCCCACCCACCAUCAUCUCACACAAGGCUGCAGCUAAGGGUCUGUCCCGGAGUCUAAUGGAACGUGUAAUAGAGAAGUAUGGAGACCGCGUGGUGAGAAUGCUGACCGUGCAGUAUCGCAUGCACGACCGUAUAAUGCAGUGGGCGUCCCGUGCACUUUACAGUGGGAAGCUGGAAGCACAUUCUUCUGUUGCCCAUCAUUUACUCAAGGAUCUACCAGGCGUGGCAGUGACAGAAGAGACUAGUAUUCCCUUACUGCUUAUCGAUACUGCCCACUGCGGACUGUUCGAGAUAGACAUUGAAGAUGAGCAGUCUAAGGGAAAUCCAGGUGAGGUGCGUCUGGUGGAUCUACACGUUCAGGCUCUGACCGACGCCGGCCUGAAAGCCCGUGAUAUUGCGGUUAUAGCGCCCUACAAUCUUCAGGUGGAGUUGCUCAGACAGUGUCUCCGGCCCAGAUAUCCAGAUCUAGAAAUCAAAUCUGUUGAUGGCUUUCAAGGAAGAGAGAAAGAAGCCGUUAUAUUAUCCUUUGUCAGAUCCAACACCAAAGGUGAAGUAGGAUUUUUGGCUGAAGAAAGAAGGAUAAACGUAGCCGUUACCCGCUCUCGCCGUCAUGUGGCUGUUAUUUGCGAUUCCCACACCGUCGGGAACAACAAAUUUCUCAAGGACCUGGUGACUUACUUCACUGAGCAUGGAGAAGUCCGGACUGCAUUUGAAUACCUUGAUGACAUCAUCCCUGAGAAGUAUUCCCAUGACGGUGAAAGUUCUUGUAAGGCCGAAAGAAAUGUUAAAAAAGACAAUAACGCUGAGUCAAAAAAGACUGGCCCUCCAAAAGCGGGAGGCCAAAAGUCCAGUAGUACCGCAGAGAGUCAGCCAAAGGGGGUUGGCAAGGCAAAAACUGCGGACUCUGCCGGGACUAAAAAGAAGAAUAUGAACUUAGAUGCACAGGCCGAAGAUGCUUCCAAUAAGGACAAGCUAAGGAAGACCAUUCUUGAGUUUGUAGAAGAUAAGAGUAAGACACACUUAACGUUCCCUUCAACACUAACCUCACAUGAUCGAUUGCUGGUCCACCAGAUUGCAGAAGAAUAUGGAGUGCAGCACGUUAGCACCGGAGAUGGCAGUAAUAGAUGUAUUUCCCUCACCAAAACCAAAGCAAUUUCAGCUGUUUCCGAAUCUCAGACAAUGGAUGACUCCACCGAUCAGAAACAUUUACAAUCGCAGACAGUGGAGAAGACCGCAAAGCAAAAAGAGGUCAGCCGAGGCGUGUCUGCAAGCAAUGCUGAUCUGAGGCUUCUACAUACGGAGAGGAUGCAGAGGGAGAAGGCAAAACUGGAAGAAAAGAGGAAAAAAGCGGUCACAGAAAAGAGGAAAUCGGAUUCUAAAAGUAAAAUUGAUAUAAAACCCGAAGCAGAGAACCUGGACACGGACAACUUUGACGCGCUGAUUGCGGCUGCGGUGAAAGCGGACAGCACUUGCGGUUUUGCUAAAUGCAAGUCCAGCGUUGUCACAGUGGGGGACUUCUGCAUACACUGCAAUAAGCGCUACUGCCUCAGUCACCAUAUUCCAGAGGUUCACGGCUGCGGUGACAGAGCCAAAGCAAAAGCACGAACAAGAAUCAGCCGGGAAGGAGUGAUUUAUGCAGGAAGCGGCUACAAAGACCACUCGAUAGACCCAACCAAGAAAGCCCAUUUACAGAGAAGACUCGACAAGAAAAUUAAUGAAUUAACAAACCAAAGAAAAGUUAAGAAGGAAAAAUAAAUUGUUUUUAAAAUAAAAGUUAAU